CAUAUAAAAAACAUUAAAAAAAGACAAGAAAAACAUAUAUAUUAGCAUAAUUUAAAAUUGAUUUAGUUGCUGCGACACGAAAUGCCCACACUGCAGGUGUGUCUGCAAUGGACCGCGGUCGUCUUCAAUACAUUUACUUUGCUAAUUGGCAGCAUGGCCGCCCUGGCUGGCGUCUAUGAGCUGCUCUAUAAGCUGGACGAGGGCUCCUCCGAUCACAUUGAUGCGGAGAAGAUCAUGCAGUUGGCCAUGGCCGGCAGCCUUAUACUGGCCGCUGUCAUCGGCUGCUCGGGCGCCUUUCUGGGCUCCAUCAAGGUGCUGGCCGUGCACUUGGUUAUGUUGGUCUUGCUGAUUGGUGCACACGUCUAUCGCCUGGCGCACUACAAUGAGUCCAAGCAUGUGGAUACCACGGAGGAGUUUGUCAUGGGCGUGUGGAUGAGGGAGCUGGUGCAUCCGGGCGCUAUGCAUCAGCUGGAGCGCAGAUACGAGUGCUGCGGCGACAAGGGCUUCUCGGACUACACCAGCCUGAGCAUGCGUGUGCCACAGAGCUGUUUCCAUACCAAGGAUGGGGUGCAUGCGCUCUAUCCCUAUGCCGAGGGCUGCAUGACAGCCGUUAAGCGCGCCCAUUUGAAUAUCUAUCGCUCCGAGAGAUGGGCGCACGGCGGACUCAUUGGCUAUGAGAUUGUGGGCAUUAUUUUGGGCAUAACGCUGUGUUGUCAGCUGACCACCAAAACACGCCGCUAUGCCUACUAGAACUAAGAUUUAUACGCUGCAUUUGCUAAACUACAAUAAACGACUUAACUGCUAUGAUCCAUAGAGAA